AUGGACGAUGCUGCCGUCCUCAAGCGACGAGGCUACAUCAUGGGGAUAAAUUUGGGAGAAGGCUCGUACGCAAAAGUCAAAUCCGCGUACUCUGAACGCCUGAAGUUCAACGUGGCGGUCAAGAUCAUUGACCGCAAGAAAGCCCCCACAGACUUCUUGGAGAAAUUCCUUCCCCGAGAAAUUGAGAUUCUGAUCAUGCUAAACCACCGCUCCAUCGUCAAGACCUACGAGAUCUUUGAGACGUCAGAGGGCAAGGUGUACAUUAUCAUGGAGCUCGGGGUCCAGGGCGACCUCCUCGACUUCAUCAAAAGCCGGGGAGCCCUGCACGAAGAGGAUGCUCGCAAGAAGUUCCACCAGCUCUCCUCGGCCAUCAAGUACUGCCACGACCUGGACAUCGUCCACCGGGACCUCAAGUGCGAGAACCUGCUCCUCGACAAGGACUUCAACAUCAAGCUGUCCGACUUCGGCUUCUCCAAGCGCUGCCAGCGGGACGACAGCGGCCGGCUGGCCCUGAGCAAGACCUUCUGCGGGUCGGCGGCGUACGCGGCCCCCGAGGUGCUGCAGGGCAUCCCCUACCAGCCCAAGGUCUACGACGUCUGGAGCCUGGGCGUGAUCCUCUACAUCAUGGUCUGCGGCUCCAUGCCCUACGACGACUCCAACAUCAAGAAGAUGCUGCGCAUCCAGAAGGAGCACCGCAUCAACUUCCCGCGCUCCAAGCACCUGACGGGCGAGUGCAAGGACCUCAUCUACCGCAUGCUGCAGCCCGACGUCAGCCGGCGGCUGCACAUCGACGAGGUCCUCGGCCACCCCUGGGUGCAGCCCAAGGCCAGCGACCUGUGCUCCACACCCCUCAGCAAGGACGGGGGGAGCCUCCUGACGGCCGAGCCCCCGCAGACCCCCGAGCCCUCGCGGACCCCCGAGAUCUCACGGACCCCCGAGCCCUCACGGACCCCCGAGCCCUCACGGACCACCAAGCCCUCGCAGACCACCGAGCCCAGCUUUGACAACAAGUCCAUCACCCACCUGGAGCCCCAAGAGGAGGCACAGCUUGAGGCGACGCCGGAGUCAAAGCCCCCGGAGGAGACGGGGCACGGGCAGGGCGCCGGGCAGCUGGAGCCCGUGGAAAGGCGCUCUCCAAAGCCCCCGCAGACCCAGUGA